UUCAAGAUGGAUGGAAUCACUGCGGCGGCGCGCGGCACCAAAUUCUAAAGCCAAAAAUAUAAUCACCGGAAGCGGGGAUUUGACGGCCAAACCGGAGGCGCCCGUGAAUAAGGUGGAGCAGACCAUGGAAGGAUUACUUCACUACAUCAAUCCAGCACAUGCCAUCUCUCUCCUGAGCGCACUCAAUGAGGAUCGUCUAAAAGGCCAGCUGUGUGAUGUUCUCCUAAUCGUUGGUGACCAUAAAUUCCGGGCUCAUAAGAAUGUUCUGGCUGCCAGCAGUGACUACUUCCGGGCUUUGUUUACCAAGAAGGAGAAUGAAGGCCAGUCGGUCUUCCAGUUGGACCUCUGUGAAGCAGCUAUCUUUGAGAAUAUUCUGAAUUAUAUCUAUUCUUCAUCCCUCUUCAUAGAGAAGAAAAGCCUUGCAGCUAUUCACAGUCUCGGUGGCAACCUCGGUAUCUCUUUUCUGACAAGUGUUCCAUCACAGACACCUCAGAUUUCCUGCGCCCCAAAUCCUGUUAAAAAGCUCAGCAAAGUUGGUGAUGAUGUAAGUAGUUCCCAGCCACGGAGUGUGAUUGUAUGUCAGAGUCGCACUGACCUUGAUAAAAGUAAUGUUGAUUCUGAAACAAAGGGAGGGGAUUCAAGUCAGAAGAAAGGACCAUCAGAGGAAGAUCCAAGCCACAGUUUUAAGUCCUCAUCUUUGAUGAAUGCCCUAAGGGCAAAUUCUAAUGCUGUAUCCAGAGAUGUUGAUGGAACACAUCUAUUGGAUGAUAAAGGACAACCUUUGUUAAAAGAUAUGCGUGUGGCUUUAGCUGACACUAAAUUCCGUGCAACCUUCAAAUCUCUGGAAGAUCAAAACAGAAUGAGGUUUUGGUGCGAUAGGAGAAAUUCCAUGAGCGUGGAUGGCACCACAAGUUUUACUGGCAGUGUUUCUGAUACGCGGCAAAGUCUAACUGACCUAUUGGUGAAUGGAAAGUCUUUAUCUAGGCCACAACUUUCACCUGCAUUUUCAUUUCAUGGAACCACAGGACUUUCAUAUUCCCAACAGAAAUCUGGACACACGGUAAAUGUUGGCAAAAUGGAAGAGAGUAAUUUGCUAUAUUAUGCCAAAGUAGGGCCCACAGUUCAACCUGCAAGAUUUCCACUUAAUAGCCAGAGUGUUGUCAGCAGUGGUCCAUUGGUGAAAAGUCUCCUUCGUAGGUCAUUGUCCAUGGAUAGCCAAGUUCCUUCCUACUCCUCCUCUCUUGACCUAAAAAUGAACUACGGCUCACAAAUAUGUAAACGAGAACCACUGGAGUUAACUUAUGAUGUAUCAUCCCAAAAGUCCUCAGUGACCGACUCAAUGAAGCAGCAGCUUCUAAAGGAAAAACCACAGGUUGAUCAGCCUGGUCGACCAAGACAACUUAACGUAUCUCAAGCUGCUGAAGCUGAUCCCAUAUCAAUAACAACAGCUGUUAAAAUAAAAACAGAACCCUCCAGUCCUGUCUCAGAUACUUCCGAUAUAAUUAGGGUUACUGUGGGAGAAACUUCACCAUCUACUAGUAAGGAGUUUGCUGUGAAAAAUGUAGAGAGGAACAGAAGAACCUCAAUGCUGCCAGUGAAAAGGAGGUUCCAGGCUGAAAAUGCAAAGUUUUCCUAUGAGAAGUCAGAAGCCUUCCAACAUUCUCCCAAUAUAUCACAAAACUUUGAGGAAAGUUCAAGCCCUACAGCAGAUGAUACUAAUCUUGAUCUGUCGAAGACUGACGAGAACAAGGAUGAAUAUUCUGAGUCUGAAUCAGCAAUAACUGGCAAGCAGUUCAAGUGCAGGACCUGCUUCAAGAUAUUCCGAUCAACAGCAGGUCUUUUCCGACAUGUUGACAUGUACCAUAAUCCAGAUAAGCCAUAUGCCUGCGAUAUCUGCCACAAGAGAUUUCUCACCAACUUCAAAGUUUGGACACACUGCCAGACUCAACAUGGAGUGGUUAUCAACCCAUCAGCGGCUACCAGCUCCAGUCCAGUUCCAGAAGAAAAAUUUCAAAAGAAACUGAACGAUAUGAUGCGCGAAAGGGAGAUCAAGAAGGCUCUAUUUCACAAGUUGCGGCGCAGGCAAGUCUCUCAUAGUUACCCAGGCCUGCGGUCAGAACAAGGAUUCAAAAAGAAUUUGAAAUCAGCAACCAAAGGAGUGUACAUUUGCACUACAUGUGGGAAGCUGUUUCGUUUCCUUUCACGUUACAGGCAACACAUGAAGACCCACCCAGGUGAGAAACCCUUUGUUUGCAAGCUCUAUAACAAGGCUUUCAAAUCAAAAGAACAAGGUGUUACUGAAAAUGUGAGUGAGGAUAGUAUUGAACAUCAAUGUGAACAUUGUAAUACCAAGAUGUCUUCACUGGCAGAGAAGACAAAGCAUGAGAGGAUCUGUAGGAAUGUUACAGUGUGCUGUUACUGCAGCCUUAGGUUCUGUUCCAGAGAACUGAAGCAGGAGCACGAAAGUCAGUGUGAAUACAAGAAGCUAACCUGUCUAGAAUGUAAACGCACAUUUAAGUCGUCUUUCAGCAUAUGGCGUCAUCAAAUUGAAGUUCACAAUGAAAACACAAUGGCCCCAGUGGAACAAUCCAAUUUAGAUCCAAUAUGUCACAAUGGUGUCUUGCCCAAAGAGGUUCAAACUGAAAUAGGAGAGGACUCCAUAGCCAGUCCGAGUACAUCAAAAGAAGAUGACGCCUGUAGUGAUUCUUCAGAACCAAUGUAUGUUGAUUCUGAAGAUUCCUCUUGCUUUCCUGAAGAUCUCAGCGUCUCUAACCGCAGAAAUACAUGCACUAAAGAUAACCAUCUACCUGACGUAGUCUCCACAAAUCCUAUCCACCUGGAAGACGUGGCAUCUGAAUCCAACAGUUGCAGUGGGGAACCGGAGGACCUAACGUGCAAAGGAGAACGUGGUCUUUGGCCAUGUGAAAAAUGCGGCAAGAUCUUCACAAUACACAAGCAGCUGGAGCGCCAUCAGGAAUUGCUCUGUGCUGUUAAGCCAUUCAUUUGCCACGUUUGCCAUAAAGCCUUCCGUACCAACUUCCGUCUCUGGAGCCACUUUCAGUCCCAUAUCUCUCAGUCUGCAGACCGUCUUGAAUUUUCUAAACCUGCAAGGAGUCCUUCCUCUUGUCCACCUCCCCCUGCACCACCACUCCCUGCGCCACCCAAUGAGCAGUCUCCUGAGCCUGAACAGCCCUCAAAUCAUUCGGACAAGUCGGGUAGCCCACAGGCAGCAGAUACACUUUUUUCCCAUGCCCCUCCUCUGGCAGCGGCCACCUUCGAAAGGCCAUUCAUGUGCAAAUUUUGCCAUAGGACUUUCAAGACUGCAUUCAGUCUGUGGAGCCACGAACAGACUCACAACUAAAAUUAAGAUUUCAGUCUCAUGUGAUUUAUUUGGGAUUCCACCAGAUUAAUCUAUAAAGAUAACCUGGAAACAGAAGCUGCGCCAUGGGCAAGGACUGUGUACAUGGCAAUAUAAUGUACAAUCCAUUCGCCGAAGGUUUAGGAAAAAAGAGAGUUGGAUAAGAAAGGUGUAAAGUAAUAUAUGGAAUUGGUAUUACUGAUGGAUCAAAGUAAAGCCUAGAAUUUUUUUAAAAAUCACCACACUUGUUACUCGGGUGCUACGUGGAAGCAUAUUUUUUAUAUGAUGGGACUUUGCCAGUGUUACACAAUCAUUGUUUUAAUGGGACUGGAUUAAUACCAUUGAACCAACUCAUGCAUUGGGAUGGAUCCUUUAUUGUGUGUUUUUAACAUUCAGUAAUAUAUGUGGGGUUUCAGUAAUUUCAUCAAAGCAAUUGUAUUCCAUUAACAGCAAUUCGGUUAACUUUCACUGGUUCAGCCAUUUUGGCAGACUGACAGUGGGAAUGAAGAAUGUGGCCAUUUUGGUUAGCUUUUUUCAGCACAGAAAAGGUAUGAUUCUGAAUGUGAUUUCUACACUAGUUAAGGCCCAAGGUAUAUCCUGUAGCUCAAGGAUCAGUUAGCAUGGGCGUUACUAGUAAGUGGUUCAUGGAAUUAUUGGGGUUUGCUGCAAGUGUUGGGUCUCAGCCAAUCAGAAGAUUGGAAACAAAACUGGAGCUUGAUUAUCAGUCACACCUCCCCAAUUAGCACAAUGGAAGGCAAGCAGAGGCAUUUUAAUCAAGAUGACUCCAAAAGUUGAUGUGCAACCAGAGAGGGCUAGACAUUAUCCUCUUUCAUAUGUUUAUCCCUGCGCACAUAGUCAUCCUGUGAUUUUUUUUUUAUAUACAGUAUCUAGUAAGGAAAAAGUACUUCCAUUGUCAUGCUGGAUACACAGUGACAUUCUAGAAAUCCUAUACUGUGACCAGGACCAAAGGUAGCAGACAACAAAUAGGAGUGUCUAAAUGGUGUGAGCUAAAACUAAAGAGAAAAGAGACAAAACCACAUUGGUCCUCCUUCAGCACUGGGUUAGCAUGAAAGAUGGUGACGUGAGCUAUACUUAGGACAGUAGAACAGGCACAGUAAAGUACAAUCAUUUUCUCACUUUAUGCUCCCCUUCAUCUGACAAGCAAUUUUUAAAUGUCUCCUCUUUGGGUUUGUUUGCUUAAUAGCUGAUUGUGGAUUUUUUUUUAAAACUAAAGUACAGUGAAUUGAAAAUGAGUGAAAGGCUGAUUUGGUAGUAAUGACACAAGUGACAUCAGGGAAGAGAAUAUGUCCUUCAGAAUCAUGAGCCAAAUGUUACUGUUGAGGCCAAGUUGUAGUAAACAAGUAUUUUGCAUUAUAAAUUAAGGUAAUGGUGAAAUGUAAUGGCACAGAAAAUGGAGUGUUACACUAACUUUGUUUCUGUAGAAUGUACUCUUGAAAGGGGGAAAGUGCAGUGCAGGAGAAUGGGCGACUUAGUGGCCUUUGUAUUUGCACCAGGUUCUAAGAAUUUAGAUUUCCUUAGAAUCUGCCAGUGGCUCAAAUUUAUCACCUCGGCACUCUCCACUCCAGCUCUAAGAGAAUGCCACGUGUAAUUAAAUUGUUUAUGAUGGAACUAAAACAAAGACAUCUGCUUAGCCUUUGUUUGACAUUCAAAUAUAGAUCAUAUGACAGUAUUGCGCUAAAGGGAUGGUACUGUGUCAACAUUAUACUGGUAUGUCCAGAUAUGUAAAAUCGUACCAUUUGGUUUUUUUCCUCCCAGUCUGCACCUAGUUGUGAUUGGCAUAAAAUGCUUCAGAGUGAAUCUUUCUCAUCCUCCCAAAUUGAGGGUAGUAAGACUUCCAGCAAUACUGACAGGAUUAUCAUAAAUUGUAUUAUAACGAUUAUCAAUGCAUCACUUUAUUUAAUUUUGUUACAAGAGGAGCUCAAGCCAUUCACCUUGUUAUAACUAAACAUUUAUUUUAUAAAUUGUUAUUAUUUUAAAAGACAAUAUACAGUUUGCUGUAUUGGAGUUUCUCAACUUAAUUCUUGGUUUUCUGAAUUUAGUUUUGCAUAUUACGCUGAACAUUAAAUUAAAUUGUUUACAGCAGAACAGUCUUAAAAAUCCUAUUUCCAGGUUGGACUUGUCACUUAUUGCAGCAAAAUUUUAUGAAUUGGAACUCUCUAUAUUAUUCCUUGUAACUUCCCUUGUUAACUGUGUAUUGAAGUAUAGGAGAAUAAUGUUGAGAGUUGUAUAGGCAUAUAUUCGGCUGGAUUUAAUGCCAUCGGUUGCCGUGGGAAACAUGGCAACUGGGCCCACUUAAUCAUGGGGGAGACUGUCCCGCAACCCUCUGCCCUCACUCACCUUUUGGCCUGGGCUCCCAUGAUGAUCCUGGGCCUCUGGUGGGUGCAGCACCGCCAGCUGCCACCACUCCCACUGGUGCUGGUGGCAAUGGCAAACUGUCGGCCUGUGAUUGGCUGGCAGUUCUCGGUGUGUGGGACUUCUGCUGUCAGGACCCUCGAUGGCAAGGAGAGCCCGCUGAUAGCGACCUAAAUACCUGAAGGGUGCUUGAUUCUGUUGGGCCUCUCCCAUGGAACUGACAGAGGUUCUCCGUAGGUUAUUUAAUGUUGGGCAUCAGCCUGACAAAAUCCCAGUUGUUGUCUUUUAAUUUAAAAGGUUCUUUUCAUAAUUAAUACUGUUGUUCAAAUCCAUAUAUUAAGAAUUCUUCUAAGAUUCAGCUGAAGAAAAUGUCUGUAUCAAUCUGCUAAAAGAAACCUGGCUAUGAUUCUUUAACUAAUUAUAGCUUUAAUGAUUUACUGGUUUACUAUGUUCUUGCUAACCUU